CGCGAUGAUCAUUCUACCCGUUGGGAUCCCCAGUGGUUUUCCAACCAUUCAUCGUCAUACCCAGGGAGAGGAUCCCUCCUGCUAUUACUUGUAACACGCUGCUACUACGCAAUAGUAUCAUUAGUUAGAGCUGAGGAUAGAUGUACGUAG